AUGUCAUUCCAGAGGUUCUUCCGUCCGAAAUACCAUAUCAUGUCGGUAGAAACUCGUACGGCGCCCGGUCCCGACAGAAUAAGACGAGAACACAUGAAGAGCCUUCCGCCAGUACUCAUCAACACCCUGGCGAGGCUCUUUACACGCUAUCUGUCGGAAUGCAAGGUUCCUAAACAGUGGAAGACCAGCAAGACCGUGUUGUUGUAUAAAAAGGGAGAUCCAUGUGACAUCGGCAACUAUGCCCAAUCUGCCUACUGUCCGUCAUCUACAAGCUCUUUACAAGAGUAA